AUGAAAGUGAGGUUACGUUCAUGGCGAAUCUGUUGGAGCUUUUUUGUAAUGCUUGCGAUAAUUUUUUCUUGUGCCAUUUUGCUCAAGUAUUUCGCUUCGGGUAGCAAUGAUGUGAACGACACGCUUUCACCAAGAGAAUUUUUUGAUUUGAUCGUGAAAAAAUACGGCUGGAGAAGACAGUUAGAGGUUGUCACGUUGGAGGAUGGCAGUCGGGUGAACGUCACAGAUGUUAUAGUGGCUGGGAGGGAUGGGACGAUAGUGGUACGAGUAGCUGCGAUAAAGUUAGGAACACAUUCCUCGGCUAAGCUAAUGUUGCCAGAAAAACUUACACCCGAUGCCAUCGACACAUCGCAAUGGAAAAUCGAUCAUUCCUAUAUCCGUCGAAAUUCGUACUACCAUAGUAUGAUAGAAUCAAUAUUUCAAAGCAAAUCGAUAAAAAUGUCGCGUGAUACGUAUGCGAAAGUGCUCUCAAUUGGUCUGGGAGGCGGCACGUUAGAUGGAUUUCUUCAUCAUGUUUUUCCAUUGAUGGAUAUUACUGUAGUGGACAUUAGCCCUCAAAUAGUGAAUAUGGCUAGAAAAUGGUUUGGUUUGAAAGAGGAUGAUCAUCAUCGUGUCGAAAUUGCAGAUGGAGUGAAAUUUUUGGCGGAGAAAGCAAAAAUGGGAUGGAUUUACGACGUAAUUCUAUUGGACGCAUGCUUAACGGAGCAAACCCAAGGAAUUCUAUGCCCAGUGGAAUCGUUCCUUGAAGAUACAGUUAUCGCGAAUAUUGCUCAAUCUGUUCAUAAAGAAGGAAUUUUUGUUAGCAACGCAUUAUCUAUGACUAUGUCACGGGACGAUCUAUAUAAAUAUUUAACAAAGCGUUUUCUCUCACAUUUUGCUCAUUGUGAAAGACGAGAUGUGCGUGCUUCUGCGAACCAGGUGAUCUACUGUACGCACUAUACUCCUGUGGAAAACCAUCGGAUUGAUUUGUACAAAUUUCUCAAUGAAACAAUGUUGUAA